UUUCUUCAUCUGACUACCUACGGACGAAAGUGAGAAGUCAUGCCUGAUCCAGUGAAAGCACCCAAGAAGGGCUCCAAGAAAGCCGUCUCGAAGAGCGUUGCCAAGACCGGCAAGAAGAAGAGAAAGACCAGGAAGGAGAGUUAUGCCAUCUAUGUGUAUAAGGUACUGAAGCAGGUCCAUCCUGACACUGGUAUUUCAUCGAAAGCCAUGAGCAUCAUGAACUCCUUUGUGAGCGACAUCUUCGAGCGCAUCGCCGGUGAGGCCUCCCGUCUGGCUCACUACAACAAGCGCUCCACCAUCACUUCCAGGGAGAUUCAGACAGCUGUUCGCCUGUUGUUGCCUGGCGAGUUGGCCAAACAUGCCGUGUCUGAAGGUACCAAGGCCGUCACCAAGUACACCAGCUCUAAGUAAACCCCUUCUGUAUCAGACAACACAAAGGCCCUUUUAAGGGCCACACA